AUGGUUCAAAUAAAGAAUAGUUGCUCACGUGAUGAUGAUCUUGACAGUGUAUAUAGUCGGAAAUAUGAACGACGUCAUCGCAGACGGCUCGGCGCUCUUCUUCUUGGCUACUCUCGACAGACACUCUCCUCACGGUUUGGUUCACGCAAAAGCGUGAACUCAGUCCCGUCAAGAUGCGUCGGCCCAUCUCCACCUCAGGUUAAGCUUUCACUUGCCGAACAGAACUUCUCUUAUGCACAGCGUCAAAAGUGCAGUUUGGAUGCAAAUGAAAUCGACGUUCCUCAUCCGGUCGUUGAAGAAGUUCCUUCGGUCGGCAACAGCACUUCUGCUGAACCAGCAAUCAAAAAUGGUGUGCAGGGGUACACCAGUAGUAGCAGUACUGUGGUUUUACUAGUACCGCCAAGCUAUUACCGCGUUAGGCUGAACGCCUGA